UCGUCCGUCCGUUUCACUCUUGGUGUCCCCCCUGGUCGUCCCUCUCACCUUCGAACCCACCAACUCCCCCUCUCGAUUUAUCCAUCCACUCCAUCCACCAUGUUUAGCAUGACGGAGUCACCUGCUGGGCCCUCAUCCCGUCCAAUCCAUUCGACCAUCUCGCGUAGACGUCAACAUGCUCGACGAUCCCGACGCAACACACUCCUCUCCACUGCCGUCACGGCCCUCUCCCUCCUUCCUUCUGUCGCCGCUCAAGCUUCUAUCACCGUCUAUAAUACCGUUGGGACCGUCACCCAAGCGACCCUAGCUCCUUCCGCAACUUAUACGGGAUUACCAGCGUACGAUCCUACCAUGUUGACCCCUCCCGAUGCGCCACAACCUCCAGUCGACGCGGUCUCUGUCAACGUUCCCGGAACUGCAGAUGCUGUCCAAGCGGCAGGGAUGCUCCUGUCAAAAGAGCAGAUGGGCAACUUUGUCGGGUUCUCAAUCGAAUUAUCUGUCGCUCCAAGUCUGUUUGGCUCCUAUUCUGGUAUCCUGAAACCGGAAUUCUUAAAUUACAUGGCCAACAUUCAAGUCAGAGCGGGCAUGGGUCCGAUCAUUCGAGUCGGUGGUAACACCCAAGACAGCUCAACAUUGUACACCCAAGGAUUCGAUAACGGUCAAGAUAUCCAAAAGACUCAAUCCACUGAUCAGUAUGGCAAUGCCGUCACCACGCCCAUCGUCAACUACUCUCCAGAACUCUUGUACAUCAUGGCCAAUAUCUCGUCUCACGUCGAUGCCAGAUGGUACUUUGGUCUCGCAUUCAACGAAUCAGACGUCUCGCCACCGAUCGAGAACAUUGCCACUGCGGCGCAAUACAUCUCAAAUAUCCUGAGCGAUAAGCUCCUGGGAUUGGUCGUCGGCAAUGAACCGGAUCUAUAUGUGGACCACAACCACCGCGAGGCGGGAUACAACGUCACGGACUACAUGACUGAAUUCGAUGCCGUGACCGAUCUGGUGCUCCAGACUGACUCGUUGACCCUUCAAGCUCCAUUCGUCGGACCGUCCGUCUGUUGCCAGGUCCCAGGUUUCGAACUGCAAGACAUAUUGAACGCGGGAUAUCUUGAUGCUCAAAAUUCGGCUCGAAUCGGACAAGUCACUGUCCAGCACUACCCCGAGAACAAUUGUCAGAUCGAUGGAAAUGUCGAGGAUCCACAGACACUCUUCCCGACGUAUCUGAACCACACGUCGCCCCAAGCUCUAGUCCAGCUGUAUGCCGCAGAUGUCGCGGCUGUCAGAUCAGCAGGAAAGGAAAUCGUCAUGCUUGAGACCAACACGGCCAGUUGUGGUGGUUUCCCGGGUCUAUCCGAUAGUUUCGGUGCAGCCAUAUGGAUGACCGACUACGCCCUGCAGAUGGCUUAUGGCAACUUUUCCGCGGCUCUACUGCAUUCCGGUGGUCAAGGGACAUACUAUAACCCCUUCACCCCACCCUCGGGAACGCUUCCGGACUACUACAAAUGGACUACUGGAUCGGUAUAUUACUCUGCCCUCGUUGUCGCCGAAGCAUUCGGUCAAUCCAAUGUCUCUCAGAUCGUCGACCUCAACAUGAACAAUGGCAGUAUCUAUCAUCCCGGAUACGCCAUCUACGAGAACGGAGCUCCCUCUCGACUCGUCCUCAUCAAUUACGUUUCCGAUCCGACAGGCGCAUCGACCUACCAAGCGACCGUGACACUUGGCGACGGAGUGGCAUUGCCUUCAUCCGUUGCCGUCAGAUACUUGCAAGCACCCAGUGUCGCAGAUCAUGACAACAUUACUUGGGCCGGUCAAACGCUAGGAUCAUCAUUCAACAGUGAUGGCCGAUUGAUGGGGAAUCAAACGACCGUCACUAUAGACUGUGAAAAUGGAGCUUGUGUCGUACCGGUGUACGCCCCUUCCAUCGCUUUGGUAUUUUUAAACGGUGACGCAUUGACAAAUUCGAACCCUGUCGAAGGUGCCACUCAGACUUACGCGACGACCGUCAUUGGGUUCGGAUCAGCAACCAUUAACCCGGAGGUAUUAGAGACUUCUAAUGGUCAAAACGGAGGACAACUAGGGAGUAACAGUAAAGGAAGUGCAGGCGCUGCGGAUCGACGUGCAGUGAUCUCGAGUGGGUUCCUCGUGGCCUUUACACUGGCUUCGGCGGUCUUUGCCUCCCUAUCAUGAGGACAUGUACUCUCUUCGUCAACAAUCGCCUCGUCUGAACGUCUGGACAUCUCGCCCGGUUUGAAUUCUCGUAAUCUCGCUUCAACUGUAUCCUAUCGAAAUCUCAUCCGUCGUACAGUACAUGCGACACUCAUCAGGACAUUUCUUUCUUGUGGAUUAAAAGAAAACCCCCCUUGCCUCAUCUGCUCGAAUAGCCAUCUGGAGAUCAUCACACACGCAUACCUUUUACCCUCGCUGCAAUGUCUCUUUCACUUGUAAUCAUAAUAAUUGUCAGUCAUCUGCGAGUGAAAAUGCAUCCAUAUAUUAGUAUGAGCAUCCGAACGUGAUAGCGAG